CCCACCCUAGCAUGGGAUGGGCGAGCCCUGCCAGCGCGGUGCCUGCUCGCCAGCCCCUGGCAUAAAGGAAGGAGCGGACAGGGAGUCCUGGGACACGCCGCUGGGUUUCCUGGAGAGCGCUCAGAUGGACAACGGGAGCAACGUGUCCUUCCUGCAGUUCUUGAAGACCAUCAACCUGGAGCGAGCCGACGGCAUGCAGGGGGACAGUUCUGACGUGGUGCGUAUUGUCAUCUCGCUGGUGUACUCCGUGGUGUGUGCCCUGGGACUGGUGGGCAACCUGCUGGUGCUCUACCUGAUGAAAAGCAAGCAAGGCUGGAGGAAAUCCUCCAUCAAUCUCUUUGUCACCAGCCUGGCAGUGACUGACUUCCAGUUUGUGCUGACCUUGCCAUUCUGGGCAGUGGAGAACGCGCUGGACUUCAACUGGCUCUUUGGCAAGGCAAUGUGUAAGAUCGUCUCCUAUGUGACAGCAAUGAACAUGUAUGCCAGUGUGUUCUUUCUCACUGCCAUGAGUGUGGCUCGAUACCGCUCUGUGGCUUCAGCCUUGAAGAAUCAGCGUCGAGGGGACCCGUUGGGUGGCUGCUGCUCUGCCAAGUGGCUUUGUGCACUCAUCUGGCUGUCAGCUGUCCUGGCUUCCCUGCCCCAUGCCAUUUUUUCCACCACUGCCACUGUCUUUGAUGAUGUUCUCUGUCUUGUCAAGUUCCCAGAGGGCCGAGGCAACAAUGCCCAAUUCUGGCUGGGUCUGUACCACAUCCAGAAGGUGCUGCUGGGCUUUCUGGUGCCGCUGGUCGUCAUUAGUCUCUGCUACUUGCUCCUGGUGCGCUUCAUCAGUGAAAAGCACGUGGGCAGCACCUGCAGUGGCCCCAGCAUCAAGCGUCGCUCCAAAGUGACUAGGUCAGUGUCCAUCGUGGUGCUGUCUUUCUUCUUGUGCUGGCUGCCUAACCAAGCACUUACAACCUGGGGGAUACUCAUCAAACUCAACGUGGUGCACUUCAGUAACGAGUACUUUCUCUCCCAAGUGUACCUCUUCCCCAUCAGCGUGUGUCUGGCACACUCCAACAGCUGCCUCAAUCCCAUCCUCUACUGCCUCAUGCGCAGGGAGUUCCGCAAGGCACUGAAGAACCUCCUCUGGAGGAUCACCUCACCUUCCCUCACUACCAUGCGCCCUUUCACUGACACCACCAAGCCUGAGAAGGAGGAGCAGGCCCUGCAUGCCAUGAUGCCUGUCCACCCUGUCCCUGCUGCUCCCCGUGCUGCAGCUGUCCAGGCAGAGGUGGCCUAUUAUCCCCCUGGGGUGGUGAUGUACAGCAGCCGCUACGACCUACUGCCUGCCAGCUCCAGGGAGCAGCACUGCUGA